UUCCGCUGCCCUGCACGUUUUUCCCCCUCUGAGCCGCGCUCCGUCCCUCUACCCUUUGCAAGGAGCGUCGCGGAGAGGGUCGCCUCUCUGCUGGGCCUGGGGACGCGCUCCUCCUCCUGCUCCUCCUCCUAUUUUCUUGGAAGGGUUGCCUUGGGGCACAGCAUGCUGACCACGAAGCUCUACACGUUGGUGCUGGUGAUGCAGCCGCAGCGAAUCCUGCUGGGCAUGAAGAAGCGGGGCUUCGGGGCUGGCCUCUGGAACGGCUUUGGAGGGAAGGUGCAGCUGGGGGAAACGGUCCAGCGGGCCGCUGAAAGGGAGCUUCUGGAAGAGAGUGGAUUGACAGUGGACACCUUACAGAAGAUGGGCCAAAUUACGUUUGAGUUUGUGGGCAACCCCGAGCUGAUGGAAGUCCAUAUCUUCUGCACUGACAGUUUUCAUGGAGAGCCCACCGAAAGCGAUGAAAUGCGCCCUCAAUGGUUUGAAGUGGACCAGAUACCUUUCAAGGACAUGUGGCCAGAUGAUAUUUAUUGGUUUCCCCUUCUACUCCGCAAGAAAUUUUUUCUGGGCUAUUUUAAGUUUCAAGGGCAGAAGACCAUCUUAGAAUAUACCCUGAAGGAGGUGGAGAAGAUGCAAGAGGAGACCUAAGCAAGGUGUCACAGGUUCCCUGGCUGGGACGUGAAGCCCACGUGGGCAGACAAGGAAUCACCAUCGACUCUGUAGCAAAGCCACCCUUCUGCCAACUCAUGGUUGGUUGAGUUUUCUAGAGGAAAAAAACCCUAAAAAUGACUUAUUCAUGUACAGAAUCCCAAACUAACGAUUCUGGAAAAAUAUUGUCAAACAGGAAGAAGAAAGGAGAGGACAUCCUAAAUAUCAUGAAGAAAAUGUCUUGAUCGCACACAUUCAGAUAAAUGCAUUCAGCACUAGAAUAAACUUUCAACCUUUUUAUACAAGUUUUAUGCAUCUCUUACAAAUACAUAUUUUUGCAACUUUUUUGCGGGGGAGGGGAAGGUCAGAAUCCAUAAACAUUUUUGAAAGCCCACCAACUGUAAAUAAGACGUUCUCCAAUUCCUGCAGUUUAAUAAAGUGCUUCAUUUAAAAACAA